UCACACACGCAACGAAACUCUCCGGCGUCAGUGUUUUCCUCCGAUCUCAAUCGUCGAUACGCUCCGUUUUCAGCGUUGAUAUGUCGACAUCAUAUCUUCCAGCCACAACAGAAUCAAUUGAUCUGGCUUCAGAAGCCAAAAGUCGACCUGAAGCGAUCACCAUACUCUAUCGGGUCCUAGAUAACCCUGCAGCUUCUUCUGAAGCACUCCGGGUUAAAGAACAGGCAAUUGCAAAACUCUCAGAACUCCUAAGGGAGGAAAACAGAGGAGAGGAUCUCCGUGGCCUUUUGACCACAUUGAGACCAUUCUUUGCAUUGAUCCCCAAAGCUAAAACCGCGAAAAUCGUAAGGGGAAUCAUAGACUCAGUUGCAAAGAUACCAAACAGCACCGAUCUUCAGAUAUCACUGUGCAAGGAGAUGGUGGAAUGGACCCGGUCUGAAAAACGUACUUUCUUGAGGCAACGAGUUGAGGCAAGGCUUGCUGCUUUGUUAAUGGAUAGCAAGGAGUACUCAGAAGCUUUAACCCUCCUUUCUGGCUUAGUAAAAGAGGUUAGGAGAUUGGAUGACAAAUUGCUUCUUGUUGAUAUCGACUUAUUGGAAAGCAAACUGCACUUUUCAUUGCGAAACCUUCCAAAGGCAAAAGCUGCACUUACGGCUGCUAGAACCGCUGCUAAUGCAAUCUACGUUCCUCCUGCUCAACAAGGAACCAUCGAUUUGCAGAGUGGAAUUCUUCAUGCUGAAGAGAAGGAUUAUAAAACAGCAUAUAGUUAUUUCUUUGAAGCUUUUGAGGCGUUUAAUGCCCUUGAUGAUCCGAGAGCAGUGUACAGUCUCAAGUAUAUGUUGCUAUGCAAGAUCAUGGUGAACCAGGCCGAUGAUGUGGCUGGAAUAAUCUCUUCGAAAGCUUUGAAGUUUUUAGGCCCAGAACUUGAUGCGAUGAAAGCUGUUGCUGAUGCUUAUUCAAAAAGAUCGUUAAAGUUGUUCGAAACUGCCCUUCAGGAUUUCAAGGCUCAGUUAGAUGAAGACCCUAUUGUUCAUAGGCACCUUUCAUCCCUCUAUGACACAUUGUUGGAGCAAAACUUGUGCAGGUUAAUCGAACCUUUCUCAAGGGUCGAGAUAGGUCACAUUGCGAGUCUGAUUGAGCUUCCAGUGGAGCAUGUGGAGAAGAAAUUGUCACAGAUGAUAUUGGACAAAAAAUUUGCUGGAACACUGGACCAGGGUGUUGGGUGUCUCAUCAUCUUUGACGAUCCAAAGACGGAUGCAAUCUUUCCUGCAACGCUCGAGACCAUUCAAAACAUGGGCAAGGUCGUCGACAGCUUGUUUGUGAGAUCGGCCAAGAUAAUGGCAUGAAAUUACCUGCUUCAUAUGUCUGUCUGUUUUAGUACUACUUGUUUGAGAUGUUAAUUUUGGUUUUCUCCUUUUGUUAGAUUGCAAUCGGAAACCUUCUUCAUCUUGAGACUAAAGUUUAUUAUGUAAUUUAACCUUGGUUACAAAUGACCACUUGGUCUGA